UUGUGACAGAAUUAUUUUAUUUUUCUUUGGUUCGGUCCACAUUGUUUCUUCCUUGUUUAUUACUGAGAGAGUUAGAGAAGGAAGCUGUCUCCACACGAGAAGAAGAAACGGAAAUGGCAAUCCUCUGCUCAAUCUCUCCAUCUUCUUCCACUUCCCACCCUCAUCUCCCUUCCUCCUCUCUCUCCCGCUCCUUUUUCCGGUUGCCCCAGUCCUCCGCAUCCUCUCGCUGCCGCCUACGCCGGCCAAUCGCGGCCGCGCAAUUAUGCCCCCAGGAGACCACCCACCGCAUCGACAAGUCGCUGGUUCAAAUAUCGGAGGCUAUGACAGAGGACGAGCUGUGGGCUGCCGCCUGCCUCCGCGUCCGCAGUUUCUACGAAUUCGACCCCGCCACUUUCCGCGUCCAAGAUCAUAGAAGGUACUUGGCUGAGCGUGAAUUUGAAGCACUCAAAGAGCGUGUUGCUGGGAAGAGAGAGGGUUUCAGAAGGGUGUCUUGCAUAAAUGCUACUCUUCCUUUGUCGCAUGUUCUGAAUACUUCCGAUGAUUUAUGUGCCUCCUGUAAGUUUACAGAAAGUGGAGAGGAACGAGUAGUUGUUGGAUCACUUGAUCUUAACAAUUGCCAUCAUCUUCCCGAUGAAAUUGCUGGAAAGAAACCCGAGGGGAUUGGAGCUGAUUUUGCGAGGGCAUACAUAAGUAAUGUAUGUGUUGCCAAGGAGCUGCACAGAAAUGGGCUGGGUUAUGCUCUCAUUGCAAAAUCAAAGAUUGUCGCUGAAAAAUGGGGAAUAAGUGAUUUGUAUGUCCAUGUCGCCGUGAACAACAUACCAGCUAAGAACUUGUACAUGAAGGGCGGGUUCAUCUUCGAGAGUGACGAACCUGCAUGGCAAGCCAGAUUUCUUGAUCGCCCUCGCAGAAUUCUCCUGUGGACCUCUCUGCCGGUCAAAUAUGAAUUGUGACAUCUUAGUUACUCUCUUUAGUUGUGCAUUUUCCCCCGUUUUGGGUAUUAGAAGAAUGCUUCUCAAUCUGUAAUUUAUCUGAUCAUAUGGAAUAGGGGUUGUAUAGAAAAUUGUACAUGUUCAUCUGUGGGUCGAAAACGAUAUUUGAUAGCAUAGAUUAUAUGCAGACGUGAUUCUUUACCGUAUAUGACAAUUUAUAUAAUCACCCGAGGAUGUAAACUGCGCACUUCUAUGUUGAUGGGUUUCUAUUAGAGGAAUGUCAAGUGGGUUUAUACUUUGAAA